CAUCAUUGAUUUCUCUCAAUUGAGACCAUUCCAUAUCAUAGCGAGCUUGCAACAUACUUCAUAGCGUCGCAAUUUUGUCUAAUAUUUUCGUUUUAUUUUGUAUUUCCUCAUUUCUCCGUAGCGACGUCUGUCAAGUCUUUUUUUUAAUUCGACGACUGUUUGUUUCUGUCGCUACAUUCUAUGGGUAACUUUGCACAUGGGCAAUCGUGUCUCGCAUUCCUUCUCCAGAGAGUGGGCACGUGCCUCCAUCAAGCCACUGCCCCCGACCUCCCUCCCCUCGGUAAGGCUAUAUGGUAAGCCCAGAUAGCUUACCUCAGUGAUAACUGCCAAUCCUACUGAAACGUCGAAUAUCUACACGCAAUUUUGAGUCGUCGAAUCCCUUUCGCAGAGGUGGCAUCUACUCGGAUCUGAUCCCCAUGGAGGCUUCCAGUUGCCACACAGAACAACAGCCUGGGCGGCGCAAGAGAACUCACCGGGGCGGCAAGAAGAAGAAGAAGUCCCGGCGACAGUCUUUUGCGACCGGGCCAGACGACAUGGCCAAUGACGACCUAUCGACCGCUGGGUCCAACUUCUACACCAAUCACGCCGCUCACCUCAGCAACACGAGCCUCGACAGCGAAGCGCUGCUCGACCACAGGGACCAGCAGUCACUGAGACCUCGACGACCGUCCAUCGCCGUCACGUCCGCCUCUCCUUUCCCUUCCAAUACACAGCCGUACUCGAGCAGCACCAGCAGGUUGAGGACUGUCUAUCAUGGCGGCGAAAGCAACAGUGCCGAUGAGGAUGACCACUCGGCCAACGAGGGCGCCCCUCUGCUUUCGCAGUCGAUGCGCCUUGGGAAUUCGGAGGCUGCGCUAGGCUACGGCUCCCGCGAGAUGACAGCGCGCGAGAGCACCUCGCGGAGUAGGACAAGCUCAGGAAUGUCUGUCGAUAAGAAGAAGCUGCAUCUGAACCCCUUGUCCACCUCAAACAACAGCUACAACGUCAACUAUCCGCCGUCGAUGCCCGGCAGCCCUAGGAUGCGGCCGGUCGAUCCAGUGGGACUCAUCAACUUCGGGGACGACCUGCUGAGGGACGAGAUAAGCAGGAGCGAGCUUCGCAGCCGCGCUGAGAGCAUCGGUGACGAGGAACGACCCUCUGGACGCAUGUCUUCUCCGAUGGAGAGGCGACACACCAUCUCUGUCCCACCCGAAGAGGACGUGUGCUUCCCUCAGGAUGGCAUGUCUGAGAUGGGCGAUGAUAUGGCACAUAACGAUUCGGAGGACGUGCAUAUGGGACUGAGGUCAAAGGGGCGACGGCGAAAGAGAAGAUGGCCAGACCUGUCGGUGCUGGAGGACUGGAGCAAGCUGGAGAAGGAGGCCAACGAAGAACGGCGCGUGAAAAGGAUCACAGAACCACAGCUUAUCAACGGAAGACUGAGGCCUGUCAACAAGACCUGGUUCAAGGCCGAGGAUGAUGCACCAUAUCGCUUCACCUACUUCAACGAAGAGUUCCAGAGCACGGUGCACAGCCAGACGAUUUCGGGAUUGGUGCAGGCAGGCGGUACUUUCCGUGAGCUGUUCGUCCCCGAACCAGUCAUUAUCGAAGAUUCUUCUUCCGAGUCCGACAAUGAUGAUAUGACGUCCACUAUCCGUCAACCAACUCCUGGCGAGUCGCGGGCUCCGAGCCGGCAGACUUCAGUACCUCCUUCAAUCCAUGCGAGCGAACAUUCGUCCAGGCCAGGCUAUCUAAACCGGACAUUCUCACCCCCGACCGGUAGAGAUAGUGUCAUGACCUCGGCACCUCCAAUAUCAGGUCUGGAGACGCCAGUGCCACCAAAAUCACCUAAUUCUGCCAAAAAGUCAACAACGCCACCAGAAGGCAAGCCGGUCCGGUUUGGUGAGCGCCCAGUCUGGUGGCUAGACGUUCUCAACCCUAGCGAGGCUGAGAUGAGAGUCAUUUCCAAGACUUUUGGCAUUCAUCCGUUGACGGCAGAAGACAUCAUCAUGCAAGAAGCCCGUGAGAAGGUGGAACUGUUCAGGCAUUACUACUUUGUCAACUACCGUACUUUUGACCAGGAUGAGGAGAGCGAGGACUUCCUGGAGCCGGUGAAUAUGUACAUUGUGGUAUUCCGGGAGGGAAUUUUGACCUUUCACUUCUCCAUCACGCCGCACCCGGCCAAUGUGAGGCGACGAGUUCGACAGCUUCGCGACUACAUGAUGCUGUCGGCGGAUUGGAUCUCUUACGCCAUUAUAGACGAUAUUACAGACGUGUUCGUCCCGCUAAUCACCCGGAUCGAGGAGGAAGUUGACGACAUCGACGACGAAGUGUUGGGCCUGCAGGAAGUCUCGACUGCCGAGGCCGUCAAGGAUACGACAUCGUUCAAGAGCAAGGAUAACGCAAUGCUAAGACGCAUCGGCGACUGCCGCAAGAAAGUCAUGGGCCUGUACCGGCUGCUGGGCAACAAGGCCGAUGUCAUCAAGGGCUUCGCCAAGCGGUGCAACGAGCAUUGGGAGGUGGCUCCGAGGUCAGAUAUCGGGCUCUACCUGGGCGAUAUUCAAGACCACAUUGUCACCAUGACGGCCAACCUGAGCCACUACGAGAAGAUCCUGGCUCGGUCUCACGCCAACUACCUGGCGCAGAUCAGUCUACGCAUGAACGAGCGUCAGGAGGAGACGGCGGACAUCCUGGGUAAGCUGACGAUCCUAGGCACCAUCGUCCUGCCGAUGAACUUGGUCACUGGUCUGUGGGGCAUGAACGUCUGGGUUCCGGGGCAGGCGGCCGAGGGCGACCUGACGUGGUUUUUCGCCAUCACGGUGAGCCUGCUGAGCGCCGGUUUACUGUGCUACUGGCUAGUCAAGAAAUUGUAUGGGCUAUGAGCGUGCGUAUCUUAGCUAUCAAAGGGAGCAGAAAACAUCCCCCAAGGCGUGUUCGUAUUUCUUUUUGUAACCUUUGGGACUUGACCGUGCUUUGAGUGGGUAGUAGAUGAUUUAAGAGGCCGGAGCUGAGUGUAUUUUCCUACUCAUUUAUUCGGUCGUGAAGAUCUGUAGGAAAGAAAAUAAAAAACAGCAAAACUUUCAGGAUUUUCCUAGAUAUUGAGAUUGGUGGGAAGGCAUUUUUGAAACAUGAAAGCUUUGUAAAACUAACUGGGUGCAUAUGGCAGUGCUGGGUUUGGGAAACAAAACGAAACAAAAAACACCAUUGACAUAUACGGC